AUGGCAAGUUUAAAUAGUUCAGUACCCCAGGAGGGUACCACUGGUUCAUCCGGUGGAGAAUCCCUCCCAGAGGUCGUCUUGGCAAAUCCUGUCAGAACGACCUCUGGCCGGCCCUCGUACUCUGGGGGGGCCAAAACCUGCUGUGAGUACACGACGACUUCGGCGAGUAACAUGGAUAAAGAUGCACGCGAUAUGGAUACGACGACUGGUAGUGGGCUGGAAGCCCACGAUGGACGAGGGAGGGAAAUGGGCAUGGACCUGGACGCGGAGCUGAUGCCGAGUGAUCACUCGGCUUCGAUGUCGGAAAGCAGUCGCCAGGGUAGUCCCGUGGUCAGGAAGAGGAGGGGUCGACCGCCCAGCACCCGCACAUAUGCAGGUCUGGCGAAAGCCAAACACCUGAUCAUCGAUGCCGAGCAACUAGAGGGGAAACAAAGUCGGGCUGAGGCAGAAGCGCCUGCAGCAUCUAUCGCGACGCGGACAAGAGCCCGAGCUCGUAUGCUUUCGAGGAUGCUCUCUGAUGAGGAAGGCGAGGAUUUUCAGGCGGCCGGCUCCCUGAGCCAAAUUAUUAAAGAUAACGUAGAGGUUAUCAAGAAAGUGGCCUCCACAUCUAAAAAUCUAAAAGGAGGCUACAUUAAGGCCCUGAAGGACGCAGCCGAAGAAAUCUCCAAAACAGCCAAAGUUCUACAUAGCAGGAGCGUUUCCGAGGAGACCAAGGGCCUACAGGCGGCCAAUGCUCGCCUGCAGGCCGAGGUGGCGCAGCUCCGAAAGGAGGUCACGGAAAUGAAGGAACGACUCACUGCACCUAUUGCGAGGCCGGAACCGCAGAGGAAUGAAAAUGAGGACCUUGUGCGCACCAUCCUGUGCCAAGUGGGCACGAUGGUGAACGCUAGGUUCGAGGCGCUGGAGGACCGGCUUUUGCCGGAGAAGCGCAUCCGCCCCCCGCUUGCGGCGGACAACAGACCCAAGCCUGUGGACCAGCGCGCACCGGAAGGCCCAAGUCCAGGAACGAGCGGGCAAGCCUCGGGCAGUGCCUCGGGCAAAGCCGCAGGGAAAGCCCCGAAUAGGCCAUCUAAGGCUAAGGCUAAGGCUAAGACGACGGAGCCUCAGCCCCAGCCCCAACCGUUGGCGGCAGAGCCUGCGAUACAGCAGCAGCCUAAAGAACUGCCGUGGAGCGAGGUUGUAAAAAAAGGGCUUAGAGGAAGGAAAAAGGCGGACCGAACUCGGGUCUUUACCAACACCCAGAGGCAGAGAGCGCCACGAACGCCAACGGUCAGCGAACCGAAAACCGCCGCGGUUGUAGUGACCAUAACGCCGGAGGGUACUGCAAAAGGUCUCACGUAUGAUUCUGUCAUCGCGGAGGCCAAAAGCAAGAUAAGGCUGCAGGAUAUUGGCAUCACGACCGGCGUACGGUUCCGGGUGUGCGCCACUGGUGCGCGGAGAUUCGAAGUUAUGGGCUCGGAAAACGGCCCGCAGGCUGACGCGCUAGCGGAGAGGCUGACCCAGGUCUUCGAUGGAAGUCUGGUCCGCGUCUCCAGACCGGCCAAGACCAUCGAGAUCAAAGUGUCGGGCCUGGACGAUUCAGCCACCGUCGAGGAAAUACUAGUUGCUGUAGCCGAAGCGGGGAGCUGCACGAAGGAAAGCCUCCGGUGCACCGGUGUAGUCCAAGACAGAUUCGGGGUGGGACACGCCUGGAUUGAAUGUCCGGUUGCAACGGCGAAGAGGGUUGUCGCAGCGGGUCGUCUAACCCUGUCUUGGGUGGCGGCUAGCGUGAAGUUGCUCGAGCCUCGACCACUGCGCUGUUAUCGCUGCCUCCAGAAGGGGCACGUAAGAGCGCAGUGCAGUGCGGACGUCGACAGAAGCAACCAAUGCUUCCGAUGCGGGGUGGACGGCCACAAAUUUAAAGAGUGCACGGCAAACCCGCAUUGCACCAUCUGUGCUGCGGCCAAGAGACCGGCGGACCAUAGACUGGGUGGCGUCAGCAGAGGUUGCCAUGGAGACGGAGGAAGCCGGCAACAAUAA